AUCAUUAGAACCUUCCACUCAUAUCCUUCCACAUAAGUCAGAGGCAGUUGGUCUCACUACAGAAAUACUCUGCUUUUACUCAUAAUAACACUCAAAAUACACUUCCACUCUAUAAAUCAGUCUUUUUUUUUGUAAGUUCUUCACCACAAAAAUUCAGCAAAACAAAAAACACUUGGAGAAAAGUACUAAAAUCAAGUAAAUGGAUAGGUUAAAUUUUACUUCAUCAAAAGCAGCAUUAUCCAUCUUAACUUAUAUUUUAGUAGUAAGUUCAGUGAAUGGGCAGGUAACUACACCAUGCACUGCCUCAAUGAUAGCCACCUUCACCCCAUGCAUGAACUACCUGACCAGCAGCACGGCCAAUGGCUCAUCCCCAUCGUCGAACUGCUGUGGUGCCUUGAGAUCAGUGAUGAGCAGUAGUGUCGACUGUGCUUGCCUCAUGGUCACUGCUAGUAUUCCUCUGCCUCAACUAGUGAACAGAACUCUUGCACUUGGACUCCCUAGGGUUUGUAACAGUGGUGGUGUUCCUAUUAAGUGUGAAGCAUCUGGUAGUCCUCUCCCUGCUCCAGGUCCUUUGCAGUUUGGAGCACCUCCCCCAGCAGGAGCCUCACCUAGCCCGGCAUUCAGUCCCCAAGCAUCCAAAGCAACAGCCUUUACACCAGCACCCGAACCAACGGGCACAGAAGUAUCACAGGUGGUGGCACCAUCAACGGUGGAUGUCGAGGCACCAUCCUCAGUGGAAGUUGAGGCACCAUCAAGGACUCCUAGAAUUAGACCAGUGUUGACCCCAUCAACCUCAAGUGCAUCAAUGAUCCUCUCAUCACCUACUACUAUUUGGGCAUUUCUAAUGGGAUUCAUGCUAUUCACAUUGUAACGUAACAUGUUUUUACGUAUAUAUCAAGUUAAAGAUUGCGGUCGAGUGCCCCCAUAAUCCAUAGGCUCUUGUAUGUUGUAUUAGAUUCAUGUAAUAAUUAAAUUUGUUUAAAAGCUACUAGUACAAUUACUACUACAAUCCUCUUAUUUGACAUGUCUUGAUUCCAUUUAAGCAACAAUUGAUAUAUAUUUUUGGUUU